UCUAGUGAAGUCAUGGAGAUCGAAAACAACUCAAUAAUAUCGAGUGUUUUGGGCGAAGAGGACGAGGAAGGAGAAGAAGAAUAUGAAGACGAAGCAGAGGACGAAGAAAUGGAGCACGAGUCUCGGGCUGGAUAUUAUAACACAGCUGGGUUUGCAUUUGAAAGAGCAGGUAUUCUGUUUGGCGACCUCCGCAAAGAAGCAGAAGAGGGCGAGGGCGAGGGAGAGGGUGAUGAAAUUGAAAACGAGGCGUCCGAGACCGGUUCAGCCGCUGCUGCUGUUGAUGGCUCGGUAAACGAGGAGGAAUCCGAUGAUGAAGACGAGCGUACCAUCCCUCUGUCUGAAAUGUCUCCGUAUAUUCGAUGUACAAUCUGCACCGGCUACUUUAUUGAUGCUACGACCAUCACCGAAUGUUUACAUACAUUUUGUAAAAGCUGCAUUGUGAAGCACUUCUUCUAUAGCAACAGAUGCCCAAAAUGCAAUGUUGUCGUCCAUCAGACUCAGCCUCUAUACAACAUCAGGUUGGAUCGUCAGUUGCAAGAUUUAGUGUAUAAGCUGGUUCCACAUCUGGAACAAAAUGAAAAAAGGCAACUACAUGACUUCUACAAAGAAAGAGGGCUUGAAGUUCCAAAACCAGUAGCUCCUCAGCCCGCCGCAGCUGUGAAAGCCAUUAAGCAGAAGAAGGGUCUACUUGCGCAGUCUGUGUUCACAAUCCCCCCUGAACUGGACGUUUCCCUGGUCCUCGAGUUUGUUGGAAUUCAUGGUGCUGUAACAGGACGGAAGCUGGGCACAAACUGGCAACCCUGCGCACCACAAGAGCCAAGCUCAUCUGCAUUUGUGGUUUUUAGAGCUUGUAACCUCCUCUCCACCUACAUAAGCUAUUUUAAGCAGAGUGCUGAAGAAGGUAUUGCCACCUACAAGCCCUUAGAGAGGAAGUAUGUGCGAGUCUCUGGAGAAGCAACGAUCCGGCAUGUGGAAAUGUUCAUCAGAAGGAAAAUGGAGCUGACUCCAGGCUGUCAGGUGGAUCUUGUCUGUGGUGACCAUCUUCUUGAGAGGUACCAGUCAUUGAGAGAAGUUCAAAGUACCAUUGGAGAGAGUGCUAUCCAGGUUUACUCCUGGGGCAGGGACUGGUUUCAGGAGUAGAGGAGGCCUGCAGUGCAGAAAUGAGAGCAGAUCAUGGAAACGAACCCUGAGACACCAAAAGAUAGACAGGCAGAGUAUUGAUUUUUAUUUGUUUAUCAUAACCCCAGCCCCUUAACAUUUCCACCUGCCCUGCUUCUGCUCAGUUUUACAGAUGCUAUGGUGCUCAUUUUAAAAUAAUAAUAAUAAUAAUAAUAAUAAUAAUAAUAAUAAUAAUUACAAUGUUAAGUCAGUGGCAUACCUAAGAUUACCCAGCAUAUUGGUUUGUUGCUAGUAUGCAAACCCAGAACUACUGUCUCGUAUCAGUUACUCCAAGCAGUAGAGCACACUGCUAUUAGACUGCAAUCUUUCAGUGCUUUGCACUAACUGUUGGGCUGCUGUGCCUCUUCCAAAUAAACUCUGCUAGCACUGAGCAAAUGCUUAGCAAAACGGGUAUACUCGACUGGUGAAGGCAAUUUAAAACAGUUUGCAGGAAGCCUAAGGAAGACUGGUCAAGCUUUUCAGGGCACUGAUGUAUUUGACAGGCUGUUUCCCCAAAGCCGAGUAUAAUGAGGACAGGGUCCGUCAGCUUGCGGAACUGUUCCAGAAUCAGCCUAUCAAAGAUAAGAAAUGAUCCUCUCCUAAGCACAGUCCUGUCUGGUCUAUUGGAGACGGUUACUGAGAGAUAAGCAAUCUGACGUUUCAGGGAGCAUAGCCCUCCUUGGAGAAGUAAGGCAGCAAAGCAUGUUCUGUAUUUCAGGCAGGGGGAAUGGCCUCAGAAACGUUUAGUUUUUGUUUGUCAAGGUUAAGUGUACAAAACCCCCUUUGGUUUACUGCAGUAUGUAGCAUGAUGGUUUUCAGUAUGUUCAGAUUUUUUAAGUGUGGUGUUUUUUUUGUUUGUUUUUUGAGGUUCCACUAUAUAAGCUAUUGCAUGUCUUUAUUGUACUUGUCAUUAUUACCUGAAGCUGAAUAACAUUGGUGUGAUUCUCAGGUCUCCUGCACCUCGUUGUAAACUGCU